CCUUUCCUUUCCCUCUGCAGUGAGUAGCUGACUGGUUGGCUUGGCUUGCCUCACGAGUGGCUAUGCCGCAAACCCUGAGCCCUAUAUCAGCCAUAUCCACGGCUGUUGUCGAUGGAUCCUACAACGACUACUACAACAACUCACUCUUCAACGACACAGAGACGGUUCUGCAGCCGUUCGGCGAUCAUGAGUUAUGGGAAGCCAUCCUCAUCAUCAUCACCAGUGCCACUAUUGCCAUCUUUACAGUCAGCGCCAACGUCAUGGUGUGGCUGUCCUUCUAUAUGGACAAGCAACUUCAGGUCGUCAACAACUACUUCAUCCUCAGUCUGGCGACAGCCGAUAUCAUCAUCGGCGCCCUGUCUAUCCCCAUUUACACCUUGUACUUACUGCAGGGCGGUUGGAGACUAGGAAACAUCUUCUGCGACAUCUGGCUGUCAAUUGAUUAUGUUGCAUCUAACGCGUCCGUCAUGAACUUGUGCAUUAUCUGUUUCGAUCGAUUCUUGUCAGUGACUCGGCCACUUACUUACAGAGCCAAUCGAACUCCAAAGAAAGCUAAAGUUAUGAUCGCGUUGGCCUGGUUAGUAUCCGUUGUAGUUUGGAUACCACUUAUAAUUGGUUGGCAAUUCUUUUUUAAAGCAGGAAGAAACGUACCCCCAGACGACUGCUAUAUCCAGUUCCUUUAUGACGAGAUUGCUCUCAAUGUUGUUACUAUAGUUAUUGCAUUUUAUUUGCCGGUCGCACUCAUGGGAACGCUGUACUACAAAAUCUGGCGCGAAACAGAAAAGAGAUCGUUGGAGCUGGAGAGACUACAGGAAGGUGGUCAUUCCAGUGCCCCUGCCCGUCGGCUUCUUUCCAGUGAAGAUACCGAUGAAGAAGUUGGAGUUCGAGUCAGAAACACAUCAAAGUGUCUCCGUUGUCCCUGCUGUCUGAUAGCUGAUCUAGGAGAUGAAGAAGACGAUAGCAGUGAUCUAACAAUCCACCAUAACUCACCGUCCACUAUGUCUUACUCUGCCAGCCUCAAGUCACGGCGGGGAUCAAGGGCACAAGCGAUCUUACCUUCGGACUCUCCAAGACACCACACUAUCCGAGAACCUCCGAGAAGUGCCCAUCAGUUGAACGGUAAUCUAGCUGCCGCGGAAAACAACUCGAGUGAUAAUAAUAAGAGUUUCGCUGCCUCUCUUUAUACUAUACUCAUAAAGCUACCAGAUGAAAGUCCCAACGCGAGCGAGGAGGACAAACUUCCCAAAAUUACCAUGGUGGAGGAAUCGCCUCAAAGGGAACAGUCUUUGAUUCAAGAUCAAGAAGGAACUCGCCUCAUGCCACCGGAAACAAACGGAAAUGAAAAAUCAAGAUCGAAUUCUGUAGCUAGUAACAACAAAGCACCUGCAAACAGUCAGUCCAAUCUUAGCAUCAGCACCAUCUCAAUGGUGAACAAAAUGGCGGUUCGCGCCAAAACCAACGUAAAUCGCAAACGCAAGUCACAAUUGAUACGAGAAAAGAAGGCUGCGAGAACACUAUGUGCUAUUCUACUAGCCUUCAUUAUCACAUGGACUCCGUAUAGCGUAUUGGUGCUCAUUUCUUUUAGUGGAAUCAACAACGCGGCCGUCACCAGAAGUUUUGAAGUCGCAUACUGGCUGUGUUACUUAAACAGCACGGUGAAUCCUAUUUGUUACGCAUUAUGUAAUGCAACUUUUCGCAGAGCCUUUAAAAGAAUUCUAACAUGCCAGUGGACACCUCGCCACAGGAGACAACACAAGCAACGUCAGCAAGCGAAAAGGCGGGAGAGAUGAAACGAGGCCUGCCUCUGAAUUCAGAGUCAUUUAACCUGUCAGAGUUUGAUCGCUUAUCUUCCCGUACAUCGUCAUUAUAUAGAUUGUAGCUGAUUUUAUUUAUAUGAUUAAACAAUGUAGAUGUACGAUUCCAAGUAAACAGUACUUAUAUCUCAUUUGUAACGUAUGACGAAACUGGUUCAAACGUUUAGGAAGUGUCGCGCCGGAAGACAUUUUCUUAAAAUCAUUCAUUGAUAUCCACUUGAUUGAAAGCACAACCCUCUCGCUACCUUCACCUCCCCCCCCCCCCUGAUACGGCAAGACAACUGGACUAUCGACUCCCUCCUGAAACCCUCUUUGUCUAACUAUAAUUUAGUCAGGGUGAACGAAACUCUGGCAGCCAAAAUGACUCUGAGACAGAGUGCACAAAUCUUGACGUCACUAUCGUUGAUCGGCCAAAUGGAGAUCGAUCGACAAGAACAUUAAUGUCAUUCUUGAGGCCUGUUCCGACUGGAGCGUACGUUCUAUAUCGUGUGGCCGUUUGGACCCGGUCAAAGUCCUUCUUGUGCUGCAUCUGUGUGUUUCAGAAGCAGUCUGAAUCAAUCUGCACGUACAAAGAAGGGUUGGGAACCACACGGCAAUCCCCUCGUGUUUGUUGGUCGAAUCAGAAGCAAUAGACCACAAUAUAAAAGGCUGGCGCAGUCUUCCUUCAUUUUUUGUGCACUUUUAUUAAUAAAUCACUCAAUAUUGUAUUUUGAUCACUUUGUAACAAGACUGUACUUGGCUUUCGAUGAGUAAUAUUUUACUUUCAGAGUACACAAUAUUAUUUGCUAAAAGAUUUUUUUAAUUCAGUAGAUAUUCAUGUUAAAUAGUGAUAAAAUGUAUCCUGAUAGUUUAAUAUACACGGGGUAAACUAAUUUAGUUGUUAACUAUAUACAUGUAGUCAAAUCCGUUAGUAUUUAUCAAACAGGUGACUGAUUCUCAAAAUAUACAUUUUUUAUAUAUUUAUUUUUUCAGAACCAGUACGUUUCGGAAUGUCAAUAUAGUACAUACACCUAUGCCCAUAAAAUAGGAAGACAUUUUUUCCCUCUUUCCGUGAAAUGAUUGUGACAAUAUGUUUUAGUCUUGAUAAAGUAUAUAUCUUAUCAGAUUAUUAUUGAUUACUCUCCAUGACUCUCUAGAUUUAUUAAUAUAUUCUGAGAAGGCAUUAACUCUAUCUGUCAAGAAUAAAUCCUAUUGUCACAAUGAUUUCAUGAAAAGAGGUAAGAAAAUAUAUUCCAACUUUCUGGGCAACACUCUAAUUAUACUCAGGAAGUUGAUUUCUAAUAACCUAAAUAGACACAAGGAAAACACCUCAUCAAAUAAUAUUUGAACAUCGAUAGUCCUCAAAAUUUCCCAGAAUGAUACUUUUUAAGAAGACAUUGCGGACUUCAUCGCAAGUAAGAAACACAGCACCACCAUUUAGUCGACAGAGCGCCAACGUUCUUAAAGGCCUACAUUGAUCUGUUAAACCUCGUUCACGUUUAAGGUCCUCUGUUUGAAUAGAUGUUAAUGGCACGAGAUAUUGUGAUGAAUUUUAUCCCUUGGCCUUAUAAAAUAAUAACAUUGUAAUGCAAAUUUUAUGACAGCUUCACAGAAAUCACGAAAAAGGUCAAGUUUAAGUACCAUCCAUUUCAUAACAGUUGAUGGCUUUAAGAAGUAAUACUUAUCCUUAUGCUAAACAGUCCCUGUUUGUUCCUUUAUUUAAUUGUCAUCAUUAAGAUCGGGCUCGAUAGAUUUUGCGAUUCAAAAUGUUCUUGCCUAAUUCAAAUAUUCAUGCGUCAAAGACUAUAAAAUAUAUAUUUCGCGAUAUUCAAUCUCGUCGUUAUUUUAUUCUUAGACAUAGAGAUGUGCAUGACCAAAAAAGUAAUUUAUCUUGCCAGUAUUAUCUUUACUAUGUCGCGCAAAAAAGUAGUUUCCUUGUUUGCGAAAUAAGGUUAAGGAUAGAAUGCACAUGAAUGAUAGUAUCAUCCCCAAUAUGUAAAUGUAGUCAUAUCGCUUUCACCCACAUUUUAUUAUGCUUUUGCGUUCAUCUUUCAUUCUACAUCACGCUGAAUGCAGUUUCCUCCGAAUUACAUAUACCUCAUUAAUAUCACUAUAAGAUACGUUAAAGCAGAGACAUGUUAGAAGAAGUAACUCAAAAAAGGAAGGGCUUUCAUGCCUUAAUCAUGAUAUAUAUUCAAAAAGCCUUGAUACUUAACAAAUUAUUUAAAGUAUGUGUCAUAUCUUCAUGUCAUAUAGUAGGCCUAUUUCUUGAUCUAUGUAGGGAAUCGUUACUGUUCCGUUUACUCUCUGACCAACUGACCAAGCUAUCCCCAGUCGUUGAUUCGAUAACAGAAAAUAUGCAGUUUAUUUGGGCGCGUCCGAUUGAGAAGUGUUUCACUUUUCUCUCUCGCGGCUAGCCGAGCUGCAUUCCUACCCGAUGGACGUCGGCGGCUCACCGCAAAUUGGACAUGACACAGCGGGGCAGCUGCGGGUAGGUAGACUUGAGAGAUGAGCCGAUACUCUGCAAUGCUUUCCUGAAGUGUCAACUACCAAUUGUAUCACUCCAAGCAAAGCGUUGGCAUUCAAUUAACAUUCUGUCACGACAACGUGGGAAGUGUUCUGGUCACCUUUCCUUUCUUUUUUUAUUUGGAGUCAAAUCAUUGCCUUGUUUACAAAUGCCGUUUCAAAUAUACAAGAGGCAGAGAACAUGCAGUCCUUUUGUGUUUACUAUGUGAUGCAAAAGAACCCUUUGGAGCGUCAACCAACCCACUAUCAUUUCAAUUUUCCCCUACAAUUUCAAAAUGACAACUCUCAUUGACUCUGACUAGGCCUUUGGUAUGACCUCUUUUCCCUACUUUCCUCCACGAAAGCUGAAAAGGUCAAAUCAUAAAUUUGAUAUAAGGUUAAUCUUUCAUUCCUUCUUUACCUCAUUUUCAAUUACUAAGCCGUAUAUCGAAAUUAUGAGAUAUUGGUUUUCUUCCAAAAGGCAGUCUUAUUCCAAUUGAUAACGUACAUUAUCCUGUUCAAAAGAAAGAUACAAUGAGCCGACUCCAACCUUCGGCAAGACAAGAGACAUCGCCAUGACAAGAUAUUGAACUUAUAUGUAUGGACUUCAACUACUCUGACCUUUUGCCGAAGAAAUCUAGACACAUGUAAAUUUACAUUUCACUUUAAUGACGAAUCAGCACCAUAAGACUGUACAUGACGACUAUCACUGACUUUGUUUUAGACUACAAUUUUGUCCCCGGCAGACAUGAGAGGUAGGUCGUUGAUUCGAGGUAAGUUUCAAAUUGAAGUACUAUUGCACGAGGACAGAGCAUGAAUGAAAUAUACCUUUCGUCAGAAGACAACACCCCCUUAAUAUGUGAUAGUAAUGGAGAAGGAGAUAGAAGUCGAAUAAAAUUUCAAAAUUGCCUGAAAACUAGUGAUAAAACACUUGACAAUAAUUUUUUAAAAAAAGGAAGUUUAACGUUUUUAUCAAAGCAAAAAUGUAACCACCAUAUUUCGACAUGGUGUAUGAGAGGACUAUUCCUUUCUAUAUUUCGACAUCGGAUUUUGACACUGACCUUGCUAAAAGUGACACACAUCUACAGAACAGUGCAACAAGCAUUAAAUUCUAAUACACUACACUGGCUUGGGACGAAAUACUCGACUAAGCAUGACAGUGAUUCGCAAUACAGACAGCACUACGAACUCACAUUGUGACGACUACAAUCAACCGAAGAAGUGACCGGAAAUGAAACUCGAAAUUUAUACACUAGAAUAUUUAAGGAUUUCUAUAUGUUACCGGGUGUACAGAUACUUUAGAAUAAUUUUCCCCAUAACUUCAUCUUGAAUUCUAACUCGUCAUCAUUAAGAAGGAGGUAUACAACUCGACAUGGAUAAAGCACACACCCACUUGAAGAUGUCUUAGUGACUGCAUGACAGGUUUUCGACUGUAUGUGUGACGUAUUUCCGAUAAUAAGUCGAAGAUUUGGAUGACCGACCAUUGACAAUAUCAUGCUAUAACCAGGAAGCGACCAAACGUAUUUAUGACUAGAACAGGUAGGAGAAAACAAAACUAGGCCAACUACCUGAAACGCUGAAUGCAAAUUUUGUACGGAUUCUUCGUAAGAACUCAUAGACGAAAUAAUUACAACAAAAUUACGAACUGCACAUGUUAACUUAAAAAUACAAGGGGCACACUAAAGAAAAACUGCCGGAAUUGAUUCUUAAUUUUAAAAACAACCAUGCUGACGAAGACUUGACGAACUUGACUUAACUAUCAUGACUUACAGACUAUCGCAACGAUGAAAACAUGACCAUGUUGGCGGAACCUGUCUCAUUUCUUAUACGCAUUGCACAUCAGGCACCAUGUAAUAUAGGCCAACGUACGGCAGGGACUAGUUCGGUCUUUGACUGCAUUGAAUUAUGAAGAACGACAAAACGCCUAGAAUAACUUGGGAACUGACGAGUUUAAUGACGAAUAUUCAGCGAAAAUACAGACGAAUAUUGACGAAAUUUUAACGCAACACUCAUUAGAAUUAGAUGACCUCAAUGUAACAUCUUGACCGCAAAGUGUUUAAAUCAGAAAGUUUUGACGAACGUUGUGAGGAGAACUGGAAGAACAUGCAUCAGAAUUGACGGACGUACAGAGUGACGAUAACUUGACCGAAAACUUAUCGGACCGUCUAGACGAGCAUUAAGACAAAUAUUUUAGGAAACUUUCAUCAGAACCUACAGACGAACAUGAUAAAAACUUGACGAAGCACUUCACAGAACUUCUUGACGAGCAUUCUGACAAAGGUUUGACAAAACACUCGACAUAACCGGCAGACGAACAUGGUGACGAAGACUUGACAAAACCUACGUCAGAACUUAAGAACACCAUACUGCAAAAUAGUCCUACAGAUAACCAUCGUGCCCGUUGGACACAAGACGUCAUUCAAAUGAAGACUCAAAAACGAAUACUUGGCGUAACAUUGAUGAGAACUUACAGACGAGCAAAUGAGAACCUGUAUGAGAACUUACAGACCAGUAUACAGUAGUGAUUAACCCUGACAGAACCGUCAUCAAGACUUACAGAAGACUGUAACGACGAAAAACUGACGAAAACUGUUUAAGAAAUCUGGAGCGAGUAUAGAAGUGACGAAAACUGGACGGAAUCUGUAGGAAAAACUUACAGACAAGGAUACUGACAUUGACAAAAACUAACGCCACACUUACCACAGUCUUGACGUCUGGAUAGUGACAAUCGGUUUAAUAAAAGGGUUAUGAUUGAAAAGAAAUGUCCAUGUUUGGUCAGAGUCGUUGGGCUUAAAGACUUUAAUUUACCCGGCAGAACUCAAUCAAACGGGACGUUUUCGAACGACCGUUUGACACAACUGUAGGAUCAUCAUUUGACUUUUAUUAAAGGCUUAAACUAGAUGAUGUUCAGACCGACUUGAAGAAUGCAUUUUCCUACGCAUUCAGAAUGACUUAUUGACCAUUUCCUUCGGACAGAGAAGGUAUAGACAAACCAACUCAUACCAUACGUAAAUCACUUUAAUUACGGAUGGACAGAACCAGAAGGCAGUGUUUUGGGGUUUUUCGGGGACUUUUCGGUUAGAACUCUGGUCACCCGGUUCAAAGUUUAAAAAACUAUGACACAGGUUCAAAUCAGCAAGAGAGUUACUCGGACACAGAACUGAGAACUUAAAAACGACUAGGAUACUUAUACCAGGACUAUAGAGUCUGACCGAUCGGACUAGACAGUGGUCGUCUAUCUUCCGUGUGGUUACCAGCUAUAAUGACCAUUUAUGCUCAUUCAAUAGGCAAGUAACCCAUCAACCCAAGAACCUGGGCCCCGUUGCACAAAACUUACUAUUGAUGGUAACUUUUCCAUCAAUGGCAAUUACCAUGAUAACAGGGCUCAACAGCCAAUCAUAAUCAAGGUUUCCAUGGUAGCUACCAUUGAUGGCAAAGUUAUCAUCAAUGGUAAGUUCUGUGCAACGGGCCCCUGGUGUGUUGUGGCUGCUGAGGAAGCUGCUGAUCUUCAACAUCAAUGGAGUAAGACAAAGAAGACAUACAAAGUACUACAGACAAAGACAUGACUUAAUUUGAAAGAUAGAAGUCUGACAUGUACAUAUUUAACAUAGGAUUUAAACUUGCAGUAUCAAACGAUCAAGGGAAAUAGUUAACAUACUUAACUAAAUUCACAUCAGUGAUACUCUUGACGGUUGAGUUGACCCAUAAACUGACGUUGACUAUCCAAGAUGCUCGGGAGACGUGUGCAUAUGUCAAACACCUCUUCCGAGUUUACCUAUAUUGAGUGUACUGUUAUCAACGUGAAAUUAAAUCAUAUAUCAUUGGAAUGCUCUUAACACUUCAAAAUAAUCACAUAUAUUCAAAGAUAUUUUGGCUUUGACUUGUGAUAUCUAGACUUGGGCAAUCGUCGGACUCUGGAUGACUUAGGUAUUUCCUGAACCUUGACUGGGAACUUGUCACCUCGUCCCAAUAUGAUUAAAAUAAAUGUAGACUUUUCAAUAAUAAGAAUAGAGUGCUUCAUAACACAGACGUUAACGAUGACCUUCGGACUCUGACUUUAAUAUAGACAAAAUAUAUCUUAAUAGUUUUAAAUGUAACCUUCAUUGUCUUAACGUCAACUCAAAACGAACUACGACUCACCCGUUGAAAAACACAAUGACACGACUUAACUCCUUCAACCUCUGAAAACCACUUUGAAACGAUGACUUUAUACUCACGAACUGAAGAACAAUGAAUUCACCAACAGCUCGUGCAGAAGAUACCUCAACAAUAGCUGCCAUUCAGUUUGGUCAGGA